CAGCGGGCGCUGUCGGGCGCGCUGCGGGCGCUGCCGCCGCCGGGCCCGCCGGUGUGCGCGGUGUACGCGCCGCUCGAGUACGCGUGGGAGCCGCACCGGCGCUUCGUGCGCCGCUUCCUGCGCGGCCCCGCCGCCGUGCUGUUCCUGGGCAUGAACCCCGGGCCCUUCGGCAUGGCCCAGACCGGGGUGCCGUUCGGCGAGGCGUGGCACGUGCGGGAGUGGCUGCGCGUGUCGGGCGCGGUGCGGCGGCCGCCCCGCGAGCACCCCAAGCGCCCGGUGCUGGGGCUGCGCUGCCCGCGGGCCGAGGUCAGCGGCGCCCGCUUCUGGGGGGGAUCCGCAGCCUGUGCCCGGACCCCCCGCGCCUUCUUCCGCCACUGCUUCGUGCACAACCUGUGCCCGCUGCUGUUCCUGGCCGCCUCGGGCCGGAACGUGCCGCCGCCGGAGCUGCGCGCGCCCGAGCGGGAGCGGCUGCUGGCGCCGUGCGGGGCCGCGCUCGCCGCCGUGGUGGCGGCGCUGGGCGUGCGCCUCGUGGUGGCCCUGGGGCGAGUGGCCGAGCUGCGGGCGCGCCGCGCGCUGCGGGACGCGGGGCUGGCCGUGCCCGUGGCCUGGAUCCCGCACCCGUCCCCCCGCAACGCCCGCAGCGCCCGCGGCUGGGAGAGCGAGGCGCGGGAGCGGCUGCGGGAGCUGGGGCGUGCUGCGGCUGCUCGGGCGUGCGGGACGGGCCGGGGGGCGGGCCGGGGGGCUGCGGGGAGCGGGGACGGGGAGAGCCCUGCCCCAGUUUAACCAGUUUGGGACUGG